UUACUUAAAAUAGAACAUACCUUGUGCCUUAUAAAUAGAAUAGUGUCAGAUCCACAUCUUUAACUUUUAAUAUCAGCCAUUGUAGUCUUGACAAGAAAGCUGCAUUAACAAACAAUCCAGGAACAGUAAAUAUGACAGAGUACAAGCUAGUGGUCGUUGGAGCUGGAGGUGUUGGGAAGAGUGCCCUCACAAUUCAACUAAUUCAGAACCACUUUGUCGACGAGUAUGACCCUACCAUCGAGGACUCGUAUCGCAAACAGGUUGUCAUCGACGGUGAAACAUGUCUCUUGGAUAUCUUGGACACGGCCGGACAAGAAGAAUACUCUGCAAUGAGGGACCAGUACAUGAGAACAGGCGAAGGCUUUCUCUGUGUGUUUGCCAUCGAUAAUAUGAAGUCAUUUGAAGAUAUCGACUCUUACAGAGGGCAAAUUCGACGGGUGAAAGAUGCAGAGGAUAUCCCAAUGAUCUUGGUUGGUAACAAGAUUGAUCUGCCACGAAGAGAAGUAGACCCCAAGUUGGCACAGGCGUAUGGUAAGAACCACAAAAUGCCAUACAUUGAGACAUCUGCGAAGACGAGACAAGGAGUGGAUGAUAGUUUCUACUCACUAGUACGGGAAAUUCGACGCUGGAAAGAGACUAAAACAGAAUGUGCCACUACAAAGAAAACCAAAAAGCAGUGGAAGUGCAAAUUAUUCUAACUCACUACACUCGCUACGAUUAAGACUGUUUUACAACAUUUCACAAUAGCAACAUGUAUUAGCAAAUUUAAUUUUCCGCUUUUGUUUUGUUAUAUUGUAUUGACAUGUUGUAUGUAGCUUUUUCACACUAAUAUUAUUAUUGGGACUUCUUACUUUACAACUGCACCACUGUGUCAUGCAUAGCAAUUAUAAUUUUGUGCUCAAUUAAUGUAGUGUGUGUGAAACAGACAAUGUUUAAUGUUAUGUUUAA